AUGGUUCUCAAUUUAUCACAUAACUCUUUAACUAGUCCAUUACCUCUCGAGGUAGGCAAGCUAGAAAAUACAAACACAUUGGACAUAUCAGAAAACAAUCUUUCUGGUGCAAUUCCAAGCAGCAUUGAUCUUUCGCGAAAUAACUUGUCAGGAGAAAUUCUGAAAGAUUUUCUGAAACUUCCUUUUCUGUUGUACUUAAAUCUUUCUUUCAAUGAUCUUGAGGGCGAGCUACCAUCUGAAGGUGUCUUUAGAAAUGCAAGUGCAAUAUUAGUUACCGGGAAUAACGUCUGUGGUGGUAUCCCAGAAUUGGAUUUGCCAAAAUGCACAUCAGGAGUAAAAGAUCUUGGAAAGUUUCAUGCCUUUGUACUAACCGUCACAAUUGUUCCGGUAGCCCUCGUUGUCAUUUUUGUUUCAGUAUUUCUGGUCGUUUAUUGGUUGAGAAAAUCGAAAACGACACCCUCUUCUGUAGUUCCAUCAAUGGACAAGCUCUUAAAAGUCUCAUACAGGAAGCUUCAUCAAGCGACUAAUGGAUUCUCUUCCAUUAACUUAAUCGGGUCUGGUAGUUUUGGCUUAGUGUAUAAAGCAUUCCUUGAUGAUCAACAAGAAAGACCAGUAGCUGUUAAGGUUCUUAAACUUCAACAGAUUGGAGCUUCCAAGAGUUUCAUGGCGAAUAUGAGCUUGGAGAAGUGGUUGCAUCCAGACACCUCAAGCGAAAAUGAAUCAGAGUGUCUCGACUUUCUUCAACGACUAAAUAUUGCAAUUGAUGUGGCCUCUGCAUUACAUUAUCUUCACGAUCAAUGUGAAACUCCAAUUGUUUAUUGCGAUUUAAAGCCAAGCAAUGUUCUUCUCGACAAUGGCAUGGUUGCUCAUGUAAGUGAUUUCGGUUUAGCAAAGCUGCUUUCUCAAGAUCAAACCAAUACAAGUAGCACAAUAGGACUAAAGGGUUCUAUUGGCUACACUGCUCCAGGUAAAAAACUACAUAUUGUUUUCUUUGAAACCUCAAGAUUUCUUACAAAUUACUGUAGAGUAUGGAAUGGGGAGUGAGGCAUAGAAACAAGGCGACGUGUACAGUUACGGAAUACUUGUGCUGGAGAUGUUCACUGUAAGAAGACCAACAGAUGAAAUGUUCAAGGAAAGUUUGAAUCUUCAUGACCUUGUUGAACAGGCAUUGCCAGAGAGACUUGUGCAGAUUGUAGACCCAAUAAUUCUCCAAAAAUCAGAAGAUAAUGACAACAAUGAUAUUCGAAUGAGUUUUAAUGUGCAAAAGUGCUUGCUUUCAGUGCUUAAGAUUGGAGUUUCCUGUUCAGCAGAGUCACCCAGAGAGAGGAUGAGUAUGGAGGAUGUCGUUAGAGAACUGCAGCUGGUCAAAAAAUCUUGUACACAAUGGUGAGACUAAUAGACACAGAUCAAGAAUACAUGAUUGUCUUGGA